AUGAUCAGACACUUACUCGUGGUGUGCGCGACCGUGCUGAGCGUGGUGCAGGCGGGGAAACAUGACAUCUACUCCGGGUACGAUACGUCGCUGCAUUCAGUGUACGGAGUACAUGUACGGAGUAGAUCACAUCAAAUGCUCCUGCAUGAUCUGGAGCCAAUGCUGGACCUGGACGUCUGGCAGCACGGCAUUAUCUCGGAGAGGGAAGCUUUCAUCAGAGUAGCACCUGAGAACAAGGAACAUUUCCUGAAUGCUUUGGAUGAAGAAGGAAUAAAACACUACGUCCACUUGGAAGAUGUUGCUCAGGACUUAGAAGAGCGAGACAAUGAAAUGAACUCGUGGAGGGCUUCAAGACGAAAUAGAAUGUUGUUCAAUGACUACCCCCGAUAUGAUGAAAUUAAUGCACACAUGGAUAGGAUUGGUCAACAGUACUCCGACCUGGUCCGUGUUGUCACAGCUGGUAAAAGUUUUGAAGGACGCGACAUUAAAUACUUGAAGAUUUCAACAAGCAACUUCGAAGACAGUAGUAAACCUAUCUACAUGUUGACUGCGAUGAUCCACGCGCGCGAGUGGGUGACCACUCCAACCCUCCUGUACUCCGUGCACCGCCUGGUGGAGAACUUGAGAAGUCAGGAUCGAGACCUGCGGGAGGACAUCGACUGGAUCAUCAUGCCGCUACUCAACCCUGACGGUUACGAGUACUCACAUACGACUGAACGUCUCUGGCGAAAGACAAGGUCGCACAGACCAGAAAUCAAUGCUACAUGCUGGGGUGUGGACGGCAACAGAAAUUAUGAUUCCGUAAACUUUGGUUUAAUUGGGGCUAGCUCGAAUCCCUGUUCGAAUAUCUACCCUGGACCUGAACCCUUCUCGGAAGUGGAGACUGCAUACGUCCGAGACGUUCUGCUGGAACACGUGGACCGGAUCCAAAUAUUCAUGGACGUCCACAGUUUCGGCAAUUAUAUAACGUAUGGCUAUGGCGAUGGUUCGUUGCCACCGAAUCCUGUAGAGCUGCACCUGGUGUCUGCGGUGAUGGGGGCAGCUAUAGACGUGAACAAACUGCCUGAAGCUAAUUUCUAUAGAGUGGGCAACAGUGGUAUCUUGAUGUACUUAACCGCGGGAUGUGCCCAGGACUAUGCUCAGUCUAUCGGCGUUCCCUUCUCGUUAACAUUGGAGCUACCAAGUUACGGACACAGAUUCGAGGUUCCGCCACAGUACAUCAACCACAUCAACGAAGAGACGUGGCAAGGCAUCGCGGCCAGCGCACGGGUCGCUCGCACGAUCUACAGAGCAAGGCUGAGCGUUCCUUCUACCAGUCCGCCAACAAACCCUUCUACUGAUUCUUCUACAGACCUCCCUACCGACUCUUCUACAAACGUCCCUUCCUCUACAAAUACUCCUAUCGAUCCUUCUACAAACGAUCCUAUCUAUUCCUCUACAAGCGAUCCUAUCGGUUCCUCCACAUACGAUCCUACCGGUUCCUCUACAAACGAUCCUGUCGGUUCCUCUACAAGCGAUCCCAUCGGUUCCUCUACAAGCGAUCCUAUUGAUUCAUCUACAAACGAUCCUAUCUAUUCCUCUACAAACGAUCCUAUCGGUUCUUCUACAAAUGAUCCUAUCGGUUCCUCUACAAACGACCCUAUAGGUUCCUCUACAUACGAUCCUAUCGGUUCCUCUACAUACGAUCCUGUCUAUUCCUCUACAAACGAUCCUAUGGGUUCCUCUACAUACGAUCCUACCGGUUCCUCUACAAACGAUCCUAUCUAUUCCUCUACAAACGACCCUAUAGGUUCCUCUACAUACGAUCCUAUCGGUUCCUCUACAUACGAUCCUACCGGUUCCUCUACUAACGAUCCUGUCGGUUCCUCUACAUACGAUCCUAUCGGUUCCUCUACAAACGAUCCUAUCGGUUCCUCUACAUACGAUCCUAUCGGUUCCUCUACAAACGACCCUACCGGUUCCUCGACAAACAAUCCUAUUGGUUCCUCUACAAACGAUCCUAUCGGUUCCUCUACAUACGAUCCUACCGGUUCCUCUACUAACGAUCUUGUCGGUUCCUCUACAUACGAUCCUAUCGGUUCCUCUACAAACGAUCCUAUCGGUUCCUCUACAUACGAUCCUAUCGGUUCCUCUACAUACGAUCCUAUCGGUUCCUCUACAUACGAUCCUACCGGUUCCUCGACAAACGAUCCUAUUGGUUCCUCUACAAACGAUCCUAUCGGUUCCUCUACAUACGAUCCUACCGGUUCCUCUACAAACGAUCCUAUCAGUUCCUCUACAAACGACCCUAUAGGUUCUUCUACAUACGAUCCUAUCGGUUCCUCUACAUACGAUCCUAUCGGUUCCUCUACUAACGAUCCUGUCUAUUCCUCUACAAACGAUCCUAUUAGUUCCUCUACAUACGAUCCUAUCGGUUCCUCUACAUACGAUCCUACCGGUUCCUCUACAAGCGAUCCUAUAGGUUCCUCUACAUACGAUCCUAUCGGUUCCUCUACAUACGAUCCUACCGGUUCCUCGACAAACGAUCCUAUCGGUUCCUCUACAAAUGAUCCUAUCGGUUCCUCUACAUACGAUCCUACCGGUUCCUCUACAAACGAUCCCAUCGGUUCCUCUACAAACGAUCCUAUCGGUUCCUCUACAAACGAUCCUAUAGGUUCCUCUACAUAUGAUCCUAUUGGUUCCUCUACAUACGAUUCUAUCGGUUCCUCUACAUACGAUCCUACCGGUUCCUCUACUAACGAUCCUGUCUAUUCCUCUACAAACGAUCCUAUCGGUUCCUCUACAUACGAUCCUACCGGUUCCUCUACUAAUGAUCCUGUCGGUUCCUCUACAUACGAUCCUACCGGUUCCCCUACAAACGAUCCCAUCGGUUCCUCUACAAACGAUCCUAUCGGUUCCUCUACAAACGACCCUAUAGGUUCCUCUACAUACGAUCCUAUCGGUUCCUCUACAUACGAUCCUAUCGGUUCCUCUACAUACGAUUCUACCGGUUCCUCUACUAACGAUCCUGUCUAUUCCUCUACAAACGAUCCUAUCGGUUCCUCUACAUACGAUCCUACCGGUUCCUCUACAAACGAUCCUAUCGGUUCCUCUACAAACGACCCUAUAGGUUCUUCUACAUACGAUCCUAUCGGUUCCUCUACAUACGAUCCUAUCGGUUCCUCUACUAACGAUCCUGUCUAUUCCUCUACAAACGAUCCUAUUAGUUCCUCUACAUACGAUCCUAUCGGUUCCUCUACAUACGAUCCUACCGGUUCCUCUACAAGCGAUCCUAUAGGUUCCUCUACAUACGAUCCUAUCGGUUCCUCUACAUACGAUCCUACCGGUUCCUCGACAAACGAUCCUAUCGGUUCCUCUACAAAUGAUCCUAUCGGUUCCUCUACAAACGACCCUAUCGGUUCCUCUACAAACGAUCCUAUCGGUUCCUCUACAAACGAUCCUACCGGUUCCUCUACAAACGAUCCUAUAGGUUCCUCUACAAACGAUCCUAUCGGUUCCUCUACAAACGAUCCUAUCGGUUCCUCUACAAACGAUCCUAUCGGUUCCUCUACAAACGAUCCUAUCGGUUCCUCUACAAACGAUCCUACCGGUUCCUCUACAUACGAUCCUACCGGUUCCUCGACAAACGAUCCUAUCGGUUCCUCGACAAACGAUCCUAUCGGUUCCUCUACAAAUGAUCCUAUCGGUUCCUCUACAAACGACCCUAUCGGUUCCUCUACAAACGAUCCUAUCGGUUCCUCUACAAACGAUCCUACCGGUUCCUCUACAAACGAUCCUAUCGGUUCCUCUACAAACGAUCCUACCGGUUCCUCUACAAACGAUCCUAUAGGUUCCUCUACAAACGAUCCUAUAGGUUCCUCUACAAACGACCCUAUCGGUUCCUCUACAAACGAUCCCAUCGGUUCCUCUACAAACGACCCUAUCGGUUCCUCUACAAACGACCCUAUCGGUUCCUCUACAAACGAUCCUAUCGAUUAUCCUUCCAAUCCUUCUUCUAAUGCUCCUUCUGGCUGGUAG